AUGAGAAAUCCUGAAUGUGGGUCUUCUGCAAUGGAAUCUGUGUUUUCAGGAUUUGUGCUUGACCCUGAAAAAUGUAAUCAAUUAAGCUUGGAAGAUAAAAGGAAACUUGUUCACCGAAUUGCUCAUUGGUCAGAAGAUGCUCCAAAGAUUCUUAGUUCGUUGACCCGUAAAGAGCUCCUUGAAAUUAUAUGUGCAGAAUUAGGUAAAGAACGAAAGUACAGUGGCGUCACAAAAGGUAGAAUGAUAGAACACCUUCUUAAAUUAGUGUCCAAAAACACCAAAGAGACCACAGCUGAAAACUCACUAGAUUGUUCGCCACCAAAGAAGCAAAAAAAUGAGAGGCCACUUGAACUACCCAGUACUAAUAACACCAUUUUUGAGGAUACUAGAAAAGGCCAAACCAAGACUCGAGUUUGUCUAAAUCUAGCAUGCAAAGCGACUAUGUGGCCAAAUGAUGCUUUUUGCAAGAGAUGUUCUUGUUGUAUGUGUUUUCAGUUUGAUGAUAAUAAGGAUCCUAGUUUAUGGUUAACCUGUGAUUGGGAUACGGAUUCUUGUAAUGAAGGUAACGAGCCGUGUGGCAUGUCAUGCCAUUUGAAUUGUGCUGUUAAUCACAAUAGGGCUGGCAUAUCAGCUACGGGGUACUACCAGAAGCUGGAUGGGGGUUUCUACUGUGUUUCUUGUGGAAAGUUAAAUGGACUAAUGAGAACCUGGAGAAAGCAGAUGCAUUUUGCGAAUGAAGCCAGACGAGUUGACGCAUUGUGUCUGCGUGUUUCUCUAAGUCACAAGAUUCUUGAAGGGACCGUGAAAUAUCAGAAACUCUUGAGUAUAGUUGAAUCUGCUGCAAAAAUACUUGAAAGUGAAGUGGGACCUAUUGGCCUAGCAUCGGUGAAAAUGGACCGUCGACUUGUUAGCCGACUGUCAUGUAGCAUGGAGGUUCAAAAACUCUGUUCGUUUGCAAUUCAAGCUUAUGAUUCCUCGUUCUCCAAUUCAACCUUAAACCAUUUGCAGCCAAACAGAACUCCAACCUGUCGGAUUUCUUUUGAAGAAUCUACUCCAACUUCUGUAACAAUUGUCCUAGAUUACGAACCACAUCUGUUUGAAGAAUUCUUUGGAUGCAGAAUCUGGCACAGAAAGUCAACUCUCAACACGUAUCCAAAGGAAGCAACAUACAUCGUCUUGAACCCAGAAAAGAGAUUCAAACUCACAAAUCUUGAUCCAUCAACAGAGUAUUCUUGCAUGGUUUCUUUCUUCAGCAAGAAAAAAAUUCUUGGAUUCUGGGAGUCAAAAUGGUUAACAAGCAAAGACACAGAAGUCAAUACUAAUACACAAACAGAUUCAACCACGGAUUUUCCUUGUACCCCAUGCAAAUCUGACGGUACCACAACAAAAACGGGCCCCAGAACAGUACCAAAAAAGAAUGAGUAUGAGUAUGCAGUGGGAGUGAUCAGAGGUUUGGAGCAUGAGGGACACUUGAGUAAAGACUUUAGAGUGAAGCUCCUUACUUGGUUUAGCUUGAAAGCAACAAUGCAGCAAAGACGAAUAGUGAAUGCCUUCGUGGAUGCAUUGAUUGAUGAUCCCCCAAGUUUGGCUGAGCAGCUUCUUGAUACAUUUGCUGAUGAAAUUUGUGGUCGUUAGAGUGAUAAAAAGUCAUGUAAUGUGGUCAAUAUGGCUAAGGUUAAGAAUCAAGGUUUUGGAGUUUCGGGUCAUUUUUAUGAUCAACUAUGUUUCCAUUUGGGACUAGAAUUUCACUCUGGAUUAAUGUAUAGCUAACUAGUGAUGUCUACUAGUUUGUCCA